AUGGGCUGGCUGGCAGGAUCUACGGCGGCGGCGACGGCGGCGGCGACGGACGCGGAGUCGUGCCGGACAAGGCGCGGUGAUCGCGGAGGAGGGCUCAACAGCUCCGAACGUCCGUCCACCAUCUCCUCGUCCACGCUGACUCCUAGCCACGAAAGCAGGCAUUCUUCACAGUUUGACCGCUUGAAUAGUGACAACUGCACGUACGGUACUGAAGCCGAAGAUUCAGCAACAGAGCGUAGCCGCCGGAGCGGUGAUGAAGGUAACGCCGACGAUACCUUAGAGAGUCGCCGGACUUCGUCUUCUAGGCAGAAGAAGUUCUUGUCUGCGACUAGAGGUCGCCAGUCCACGGGUUCGAUGGAGCGGAGCGUGAUGGACGAGAAACAUAGCCGGUCUGCUAGCAAGGCGGGUAUGAAGCGACAGGCUCGUCGCUCACUGGGCCAAGGGCACGGGGUUGCGAGGCAUGAGGGGAAGUCAACGCGUAGGCACGAUACAAUGGGAUCCGACCGCGGCCGUCGACAUGACAAGGCAUUACCACAUCGCGAGUCGUCCUCUGCGCAUGGCAGAGGAGGGCUUGCUGAUGAUGUCACCGCUCGUGACGUAAGCAGGAGCAUCGCCCGUGACGGCGACGACGACGACAAUGACAAUUCCGCGGCGCGUCGCCGGACUGAAAACUCCUCCACCGCAACGGCAGAGGGUAAGGAGGACAGCCAGGGAACAGCUGUAAGUCACGAUAAGACUUCUGGAAUUAAACCACGAACUGCCGCCGGCGCUUGGUUCGCAGCGCAAGGGGAAAAGAAAGCGAGGGAGGGGAGCAAGAGAGACGGCAACGGCGGCGAAAGUGGCGGCGAACGUGAUGGUGUUGAUGCUGCUGCAUCCGACGACUCGUUCUCGGACAACAUCGUCAGCUCCCAACGGCGCUUCUGUGGAAAAGGUGAAGGGAUGGUGACAGGGCGGUGCGGCGGAGACGAGACCACUGAAGAAGAUGGUGGCCGUGGCAAAGACUCUUGGGCGAGUAUCGUCGAAGGGGGACGGUCGCCUGCUCGCUGCAAGUCGCUCAUGCUUUCCUACGAGAGGGGGAAUAACUCGGACUUGGUGCAGUGCGUCGUCGUGCGUGAUCGCUCUGGAAUGAACCGCCUGUAUCCUCAGUACCGUUUCUUCUUCGAGGGGCGAGGAGAUCAGCUCAUGAUGGUGGCGCAGAAGUGCAGCAAGAACCGCACGAGCAACUACCACGUCUUCGACAUGAACCGAGGAGGUUUCCAAACGCGCCUGAGCAAGAAGAACGGGAACUACUUGGGAAAAGUGAGGACUAACCUCAAGAGGACGGAGGCUACCGUCUUCACCAACGACCAGGAAGUUGCCGAGCUUGGGGCGAUUUCUUUCGAAAAGCCUGGUCUGGUCGACCACUUGCGAGACGGAAGCCAGCCUAGGAAGUUCACGGUCCUGUUGCCGGCCCUGGAUUGCGACGGCUCGCCCGUCGCACACAAGGUGGACCCUUACGACGCGGACAGCGACAUGCUGUCGCGCAUGAAGCAAGGCCGGCACGGCAACAUGUUUCUUCUUCAGUCGAGGGAGCCGACCUACACCAAAGGAAAUUACCGCCUCAACUUCCACGGGCGUGUGACGGUGCCGUCCGUGAAGAACUUCCAGCUCGUCAGCCCCGACGAUGCACUCCACACCGUGUGCCAGUUCGGAAAGGUGGGAGAAGAUCGGUUCCACUUGGACUACCGCGCGCCCAUCAACGCCUUCCAAGCCUUGUGUAUCUCCAUUGCGCAGUUCAACUUCUGAUGUGCAGAGGACUGCGGUUUCCUCCCUCCAGCAUAACAGAAGAACCGGCCUUUCGCACGCAAAAACUGGAUUUCCGGUGAAACGUAUGAUUACAUGAUUA